AUGGGUGUCUUAGGAACAAUAUUAAGACAUUUGGAUACGACAAUAGGGCCUGGAGUAAUGCUUCUUUAUCCUUUAUAUGCAUCGAUGAGAGCAAUUGAAAGUCCUUCCACGUUAGAUGAUCAACAAUGGCUAACGUAUUGGGUUCUAUACUCUUUCAUAACGCUCUUUGAGCUUUCAACUUAUAGGAUCCUAUCUUGGUUUCCUAUUUGGCCAUACAUGAAGCUUGUGUUCUGCUUAUGGUUGGUGCUGCCAAUGUUCAAUGGAGCAGCUUACAUAUAUGAGAAUUAUGUGAGGAAAUACGUCAAGAAGCUUGGUAACUAUGGAGGUUCGAAUUAUCCGGAGGAGUACAAGAAGGUUCUUCAUAUGAUGACGCUGGAUGCGAGAAAAGCGGUUGAACGUUAUAUUGAUAGAUUUGGUCCAGAUGCAUUUGAGAGAGUGAUUAGAGCAGCUGAGAAAGAAGCAAAGAAGCAUUGA